AUGCCAUCGGCCAAGCGGGCUUAUCUGCACGCAAUUAUCGAGCGCCUGGAGGAAUUGAACCCGCGACCUGCUCCCACGGAGCACAUAGAUGAGAUCACGGGAGAGUGGCGGCUGCUCUACAGCACCAUCGCCAUUCUUGGCUCAAAGCGCACCAAGCUGGGCCUCAGAGAUUUCAUUUCUUUGGGUGACUUCCUUCAGAUUGUGGACAAGGAUACGAGGCGAGCAGCCAACAUGGUGGAGUUCGCAGUGAGGGGCCUGGGGCUGCUGUCAGGGAAACUCACCAUUGAAGCCAUGUGCUUCGUCUUCCCCUCUCCUCUCCCCCCAUGCAUCGUCGUCACUCACGGUUUUGGAAGAGCAGCAGGGCUAGAGAAGGCGUUUAGCAAGCGAGCAGCCAACGUGGUGGAAUUUUCAGUGAGGGGGUUGGGGCUGCUGUCAGGGAAACUCACCAUCGAAGCCACUUACACGGUUGCCUCUCCCACUGUAAGCGCCACAUGCCAGACUUCUGCUCUUCUCUCUUCUCUCUUCUCUCCUCUCUCCUCUCUCCUCUCUGCUCUCUACUUUUCCUCUCUGCUUUCUGCUUUCUGCUCUCUCCUUCAUCGUGUUGACAUCAUCUUCAAGAGCUCCCUCCCUCCUGUCAUCUGCCCAUCUCACCCUUCGCAAAACCCUGCCCCCCCUGAGUACCCCUUUUCUCUCCUUUCUCCGUUGCAGCGGGUGGACAUCAAAUUUGAGAGCUCCAGCAUCGUACCAGACCAGGUGGGUUUCUUGCUGAACAAGCUGUUUGAGAAGAACUACGACCUGCUUCUGCGGAUGAUUUAG